AUGUCCAUUAUGCCAAGCCUUGCCUUCACCCCCACAAAUGGCUCUUCUGCCCAUGAACCGUUCCUCAAAUUCUUUGACUGCUGGCUUGUAGAGCAAAACAAUUAUCUCCAAGAACUCAUCUCAGCUUGUAAAGAUUAUGAUCGCAACAAAAACAACACCAGGGGCAGUGCCGAAUCAUCUCAGGCAACUCUUCAGCCUCUUAUCAACCGUGUUCUUGGACAUUAUGAGCAUUACUAUGGAGCCAAGUCAAGGUGGGCCAAAAAGGAUGUGUUAAGCAUGUUAUCGCCUUCAUGGAAGAGCGCUCUUGAGGGUGCUUUUCUUUGGAUUGGUGGGUGGAGACCCACUAUGGCUUUUCACUUGCUCUACUCAAAGUCAGGGAUACAACUCGAGGCCCAGCUCCACGAGUUGAUUCGUGGGAUCGGCACCGGUGACUUGGGUGAUCUUUCACCGAGUCAACUCACCCGAGUUGAUGAGUUGCAGAGGAAGACUAUAAGGGAAGAGAAGGAGCUGACAGAGAAGUUUGCAAAGCAUCAAGAAACCGUAGCAGACUCGUCUAUGGUCGAGUUAUCACACGAGGUGAGUGAGUUGCUGAGGAGCGAGCAGACAGAUCAUGAAGCGGAGGAAGAGCGAGUUGAGUCAACUCUGGCGGCUAAGGAGGAAGGAUGGGAAGAAAUCUUGCAAGAGGCCGAUGAUAUACGGGUGAGAACUCUGAAAGGUGUUAUUGAGAUUUUGACUCCAAUCCAAGCCGUUCAUUUCUUGAUCGCUGCAGCUGAGUUGCACUUGCGGCUUCAUGAUUGGGGUAAGAAGAGGGAUGAUCGAGCACAUCGCGGUCCCCACUAA